AUGGAGAAACUAUCAGAAACAACCCCCGAUGGCACUUCGCCUCGAACUUUUGCCCUGAACCAUUUGAGGCCACGCUCGAGUUUCAAGGGCUGCUCGCGCAUUUCCGACUAUGAGCUGCUGGGCAAAUUGGGAGAGGGAACCUUUGGUGAGGUUCAUCGUGCCCGGCUGCGCAGAACUGGCGCCCUCGUCGCUUUGAAGAAGAUCAUCAUGCAUCAUGAGAAGGAUGGUUUCCCUAUUACCGCCCUCCGCGAGAUCAAGCUUCUCAAACUUUUGUCACACAAGAAUAUUCUCAGACUAGAGGAUAUGGCUAUCGAGCACCCUACCAGACAAAUUUUGACUGCACCUCAUCGUUCCCGACUGACCACCCCUUCAGCCGAUAAGCGCAAAAAGCCUAUCGUAUACAUGGCUACUCCCUACAUGGACCACGAUCUGUCCGGCCUCCUCGACAACCCGUCAGUCCAGUUCAAGGAGCCCCAGAUCAAAUGCUACAUGUUGCAGCUCCUCGAGGGUCUCCGAUACCUACAUGACAGUCGCAUCUUGCACCGCGAUAUGAAGGCGGCCAAUUUGCUGAUCAACAACAAGGGUAUCCUGCAAAUUGCUGAUUUUGGUCUUGCUCGACACUACGACGGAAAGACGCCACAGUCUGGAGUUCACAUGGGCGAAGGCAAACGAGAUUACACCGGUCUAGUUGUCACUAGAUGGUACCGACCGCCUGAGCUUUUGCUACAACUGCGACAAUACACCCCCGCUAUUGACGUAUGGGGAGUAGGCUGCGUUUUUGGCGAAAUGCUACACGGAAAGCCCAUCCUGGCGGGCGAGAGCGAUGCCGCACAACUCGAUAUCAUCUGGGACCUCAUGGGAUCUCCCAACGAAGAGAACAUGCCCCGAUGGAAAUCACUGCCUGGUGCCGAGCACUUGACUCCUCGGCCACGAACAGGGAACCUCGAGAACCGCUUCAGACAAUACGGCAUGGGAGCAGUCUCAUUACUUAAAGAACUUCUCAGACUUGAUUGGCGGACACGAAUCAAUGCAGUUGAUGCUUUGCAACACCCGUGGUUCAAGAUGCAGCCUCUGCCACUUGAACCUCAUGAGAUCCCCACCUACGAAGAGAGUCACGAGUUGGACCGUAGAAAGUUCCACGAUCGCAAGGCCGCUCUACCUCCUGCCCCCAAGGGCGGAACUGUGGGCGUUGGCCCCGACGCCAACGGCGCUACAGCAGGCUUCAAUAGCAAUGAGCCUUAUGGAAAUGGCCGCAACGGCGUGAACGGAGGUAGGUAUCGUAAUGGACCUGACGAUCGUCGCCCCGCUUGGCAACGAGAGCGAGGUGCCGGAUUGCCUCCACGACCACCUCCCAAUAACGAUGAUGCGGACUUUCGAGAGCGAGGGCCUCCUCGCCCUAGAGGGCCACCUGGACCAAGGGCACCAGACGUCGACACUUACAUCCCCGCAUACAACCGAGAUGAUCCAGGCCGGCGAAGGGACGAUCGCCCACCACCACGGGAUGAUCGCCCGCCGCCCAGGGAUGACCGUCGACGCCGCAAUAGCAGAGAGGAUCGUCGUUUUGAUAGGGACCGUGGCACCGUGAGCCGUAGCAGAUCACCAAGGCACGACCGAUCAAGAGACCGAGACAGGCCCGACCACAACGGGUAUCGGAGAUAG